AGUUCUCUUUCAAGAUAUUUACCUAACUGAAAGAGGGGGAGACAAUUUUGUGUACAUUGAAUUUUCCCUUUGUUGCUGAUUUCACUCCUCACUAUGCUGGGGCUGCUGCUAAUUGCCUGUGUGCUGCUGCAGACAUCAAACUCCAGAGGUCCAGAUGAACCAUUCUACCUGGUUACAGUAACCUCCACAGCAGUAGGAGGCAGCACUGAGACACUGUGUGUCCUAAUUAAUCAUGGAACAAAUUCAACAAAGGAAGCAUGCAAUGUGGAGGUUACCCUGAAAAUGCCAGGUGGCAAAAGUACAACUAUAUUGGAGGCCAGAUCAAACUAUUACGGCUGUGCACAGUUCCAGGUUCCCAUUGUAGUCGUUGAUACUGUGGCAACCAUUUGCACCAUAGUGCUCGGGGCAAAAACAGCUCUGAGCAAGAAGACUGAAAUCCUGAUCAAACCAAGCUCCUUUCUUACCAUCAUACAGACAGACAAGCCCAUCUACAAACCAGGACAGACCAUCAAGUUUCAUAUUGUCUCCCUGGAUUCCAGCUUUUUGCCUCACAAUGAAGUGUACCGGACUGUGGCAUUAAUGGACCCUGAAUCUAAUCGUAUUGCCCAGUGGUUGAACCAGUCCACCAACAAUGAAAUUCUGGACCUGUCCUUCCCCACGACUCUUGAAGCGACACUGGGUGUAUAUAAGAUCACAACCUGGAAUCAAAGGAGCCAAGAAAGCUUCCAGACCUUCGAGAUCAGGGAAUAUGUGCUGCCAAAGUUUGAAGUUACAGUACAACUCCCUGAUGUUAUAUCCACUCUGGACAAUGAAGCAGAAGUAAAGAUUUGUGGGAAGUACACCUAUGGGAAACGUGUCCAGGGCUCAGUGAGCACGAAGGUGUGCGUUAAGCCUGAGAGCUACUUCAGGGAUCCACUUCCAAUUGCACAGGGUCCAAGUGUAUGCAUGAUGUACACAAUGAAGACUGACUUGUUUGGAUGUGCUGCAAAGAAUAUCGACAUGAGUACCUUUAAUCUGACUUUGCUUGAUCAUGGUGGCCACUUUAUUGUGGAGAGUGCCAUGGAGGAAGAUGGAACAGGUGUCAUUUCGAAGGGCAACGGGAGAAUGAAGUUCACCACAACCAUCAUUUCGAUUGAGUUUGAAGAUGUUUCAUCAACUUUCAAACAAAAAAUAGACUUCACAGGAAAGAUCAUCAUGAAAGCGGCAGACUCCUUCCUAGUGGCCAAUAAGCUUAUCUACCUCAACAUGCGAUAUGGAUCAACAACUAAAAAUUGGAUAUUGACUCUUGACAUUGAGGGUGUGGCCAACUUCUCGUUGGACACCAGUGAAGUGGACACAAAUUACAUCCUUCUUGAGGCACAUUGUUUUGAUGUGUGGGAUGAUGAGUAUGACCCACUCAGACCAGAUGACAGCAAACCCAAAUAUAUGACUGCUUUCCAUACAGCCUAUGCAUUCCACUCAAAAAGCAAGAGCUUCCUGCAGAUAAAACAGGACAAAGGACCAAUUCCCUGUGAUAAGGACAUCCAGGUCCAGGCAAAUUGCAUUAUCCAUGCAGAGGAGGCAGGGCUUUGUGAAAAGAAAUUUCUGGACUUUUUCUUCCUGGUGUCAUCCAAAGGGAGCAUUGUGCAGCAUGGGCAUUUGCCAGUGAGGCUGCAUGGUGAAGAUUGUAUACCCUACGGAGAACAAUCAAAUUUCACAGUGAAGAGAGGGGAGUUGUCUUUCUCCCUGCACCAGACUGAGGAUCUGGCCCCUUAUGCCCAGGUGGUGGUGUACACAGUGCUGCCUAAUGGAGAGGUUGUGGCUGACAGCUUCAACUUUCCCAUCCAGUUAUGCUUCAAGAACAAGGUGUCCCUCCAGUUCUCCUCCUCCCAGGAGCUCCCUGGGGAAAAGGCGUUCCUGCAGGUGCAGGCCAAGCCGGGGUCGCUUUGCUCCCUGAGGGCCAUCGACCAGAGCGUCCUCCUGAUGAGACCAGACAAGGAGCUGAAUGCACAGAAGGUGUACGAUGAACUACCCAUCUCAAGACUGACUGAAUAUCCAUAUGAGGUUAUGGAUCCAGAGCCUCCCUGCACUCUUACAAUGAUUCCACCAUCAACCAUACAACGAAGAAAACGAAGUAUUCCCCCAUAUUUCUAUAUUAAAACUGAUGCCAAAAGUAUGUUUCAGGCAGUUGGAAUUAAGCUUGUGACCAACUUAGACAUGCAAGAGCCUAGACCCUGCAGAGGCGAACCAGUGCCUUCGUAUAUAUCACCACCUGAAGAAGACCAGCAGACACCCAAAGAAAUCAUUCGCACAUUCUUCCCUGAGACCUGGAUUUGGGACCUGGUAUCAAUAGGAGAUUCAGGCAGAGUAACAGUGGAGCAGACCGUCCCAGACACUAUUACCAAAUGGGCAGCAAGCGGGUUCUGCACCUCUCCAGCAGGAUUCGGCCUGGCCACCAGCACAAGCCUCACAGCCUUCCAGCCCUUCUUUGUGAGCCUGACACUACCGUACUCCGUCAUCCGUGAAGAGGUGUUCCCACUGAAGGCCACGGUCUUCAACUACCUCUCCAAGUGCAUCAUGGUGCAUGUCAGCCUGAGAGAGUCGGCACAGUUCACAGGCCAGCCGAGCGAUGGCUGCCAGUACAGGCGAUGUCUCUGUGGCGAGGAGAGUGAGACCUUCACCUGGGUCGUCACGGCAACCACUUUGGGUCGGGUGAACAUUACAGUGAGUGCAGAAGCCCUGAGCACUGAGGAGCUGUGUGGAAAUGAGGUGGUCACCGUGCCUGAGAGGGGACAAAUCGACACCGUUGUCCGUACACUGCUUGUGGAGCCUGAGGGCACAGAACAGACCAUCAGUCACAACGCACUGCUGUGUCCUCAAGGGGGAGCUGUGGAGGAGGACAUUGCUCUGGAGCUGCCAGAGGUUUUUGUGACCGGUUCUGCCAAGGCCUCAAUUUCAGUCCUGGGUGACUUGAUGGGGCGUGCCAUGAGGAAUCUGGACAGCCUGUUGGCUAUGCCAUUUGGCUGUGGAGAGCAGAACAUGCUGCGUUUUGCUCCCAACAUCUAUAUCCUCAGGUACCUGGAGACCACAGAGCAGCUGACACCAGAGAUCAAGAGCAAGGCCAUUACCUUCCUGGAGAGUGGAUAUCAGCGAGAGCUGAAGUACAAGCACAAUGACGGCUCCUAUAGCGCCUUUGGACAGAGGGACUCUUCAGGGAACACCUGGCUCACUGCUUUUGUGAUGAAGUCUUUUGGAGGUGCAACGCGAUAUAUCUUUAUUGACCCGAAAUACAUCACCAGUGCCAAGGUAUGGCUCAGUGUUCAGCAACAAGAAGAUGGCUGCAUAAAGUCUGUGGGGAAACUCUUUAACAAUGGAAUGAAGGGUGGAGUCAGUGAUGAGGUGAUGUUGACAGCCUAUGUCACAGCUGCUCUCCUUGAGCUGGGCACUGAAAGCACUGAUCCCAUGGUGCACAGGAGUCUGGCAUGUCUGAGACAGGCCUCAGAUCAGAUCAACAGCACCUACGCCACUGCCCUGCUCUCCUACACCUUCACCCUGGCUGGAGACAGUGUUACGAGGGCUCAUCUCAUUGACCGUCUGGACAAAGUGGCCAUAAUCACAGGACAAGGCCGUCACUGGGAGAAUGCUGGGGCUUCUGGAGAAGGCUCUCUAGCAGUGGAGAUGACCUCCUACGUGCUCCUAGCCCUCCUCUCUGGGCCUCCCCUUUCUGACUUUGACUUGGGCUACGCCACCUCCAUUGUUCGCUGGCUGGCACACCAGCAGAACCCUUAUGGCGGGUUCUCCUCCACACAGGACACAGUGGUGGCUCUGCAGGCUCUGACGCUGUAUGCUGCUGCCACCUUCAGUAAGGGAGGUGCCAGCACAGUGACGGUGACCUCUCCUGGUGGAUAUAAAAGUCAGUUCCAUGUGGAUGAGCACAACAGACUGCUGUACCAGGAGGAGCAGCUGCAGGAGGUGCCUGGAGUCUACAACAUUAAGGCCAACGGCGAGGCUUGUGCAUUUGUGCAGAUCGCGCUACAGUUCAGCAUCCCACCUCCUCCAGACUUCUCCUCUUUUACCAUCAGUGCCAAUGCAACAGGGGUCUGCAACAGUGCAAACAAGACAUCGCUGACAGUUUUUGUGCAUGCCAGAUACGACGGUAUGUGGGAGAACAGCAACAUGGUGAUCAUCGACAUCCGCCUCCUGUCUGGGUUCAUUGUGGAUGAAAGAUCACUCAUGCAGCUAAAAAAUAAUCUCAAUGUGAGGCGUGUUGACCAGGACAGAGAUCAUGUGAUCAUCUAUCUGGAUGAGAUGGAGAAGAAGAAGCCCAUGCUGUUCUCUCUGAAAAUAAAUGAAGACAUACGAAUGCACAACUUGAUGCCUGCUGUGUUGAAAAUAUAUGACUACUACAACAAUCGUGACAAGGCGGUGACUACAUACACAUGCCCUUGUAUGAUGUGAUGAAUGACUCUGGCUGCGAAGUGGGACCCUAAACCAGCCACAUCACUCUGAUCAGUGGAGACAAUGAUCCAUGAGCCACGGACAUGAACUCUGUCGUUCUUAGUGAAUACUCUUCUCAUAGUUUAAAAUGUAUUGUGCUCAUUGCUUUUACAGUCUUGAAUGUCUAAUCUGCUGUAGACCAUGUGACCUGUGAAGUGCUGGAAGUCAUGCAUGUGACACUUAAGACCCAAGAAGUGGGCGGGUUUAUUGGUCUGAACUGCACUGCUUUCACCAGGUUUAAUGUGGAGAGUUAUAAGACUGGCUUGCAAGGCUAGGUUUAAAAAAAACCUCCACUGGAGCAAAACAAUAAAAAAGAUGGGUGUGAAAUGUGAAAUAAAUGUGAAAUAAAAAUAUAUACAUUUAA